AUGGAUAGAGCUGCACCUGAAAUACCAGGUAUUCUAGAGUCUGGGAAUGUUACCCAAGACUUGAAAAUGAUAGUUAGUAAGUUACUGAAUUCCCCAAAGCCUCUAAAAACCUUCCCUGGUUCUCAACCUGUUUCAUUUCAGCAUUCAGAUAUGAAAGAGAAACUGAGCUCGCAUGAUUAUUAUGUAUGUGAAAAGACGGAUGGUUUACGUGUAUUGAUGCUGAUAGUUAUAAAUCCGAUGACAAAAGAACAAAGUACAUUUAUGAUUGAUAGAGAAAACAAUUAUUAUUUGGUGAAUGGAUUCCAUUUUCCAAAAUUACCAAAGAAGGAUAAAAAGGAAUUGAUAGAGACAGCACAGGACGGUACUUUAAUAGAUGGUGAGUUAGUUAUUCAAACUAAUCCGAUGACAAAUUUAACGGAACUUAGAUAUUUAAUGUUCGACUGUUUAACAAUGAAUGGACGUAACUUAACACAUUCACCAACAAGUUCCAGAUUAGCACAUUUAGGUAAGGAAUUUUAUAAACCUUAUUUUGAUAUGAGAUCAAUCUUCCCUGAUCGUUGUAUAAAUUUUCCUUUUAAAAUCUCUAUGAAACAAAUGAAUUUUAGUUACGACUUAGUAAACGUUUACAAAACAUUGGACAAACUACCUCAUCUUUCAGAUGGUUUAAUUUUUACACCAGUGAAUACACCUUAUGUUGUUGGUGCAAAAGAUUCUUAUUUAUUGAAAUGGAAGCCUGAGGAAGAAAAUUCGGUUGACUUUAAAUUAAUUUUACAGAUUCCAAUGGUGGAAGAUACGUCUUUGCCUAGAAAAGAUCCAAACAGAUGGUAUUAUAAUUACGACACUAAACCUACUUUUGAAUUGUAUGUUUGGCAAGGUGGUUCAGACGUAAAUAGAAAAUUAGAAGUUUUCGACCAGCCAUUCAAUAAGAAGGAAAUGAACUUACUUGAGAAUACCUAUAGAAAAUUUACUGACUUAGAAAUUUCUGAUGAAAAGUGGGAGGAGUUAAAAGCUUUAAAUGAACCACUUAAUGGUAGAAUCGUUGAAUGCACAAAAGAUCCAGAAACUGAUGAAUGGCUUAUGUUGAGAUUUAGAGAUGAUAAAUUAAAUGGAAAUCAUUCCUCAGUUGUACAAAACGUUCUAGAAAGUAUAAAUGAUUCGGUUAAAAUAGAAGAUUUAACAGAGAUAGUCCCAAUAAUAAAAAAUAAUUGGGAUCUUAGGAAAAAUAGGCAUUCUAAUGAAAGCUCAACUUCGCAUGCUCAUAUUAAUAACAGAACACAACAUCAGCAACAACAGAACUCAUCUUCGUCGAUGCCAGAACCAAAAUAUGUAGAUGAUGACGAUUGGUCUGAAUAG